AUGGUGCGAGAAGUGGUGCAGAAGUUCUCAGACGGGAGGUCUGCUCACGCUACUGAACACAUGGAUUUGGUUUCAAGGACCACUGAAAGAUCACCUUUUGUAGAGUGGAUACAGAACAAGCCCAAACCAUGGGACUUCGUAAUCCCUCCACUGCCCGCAUUUAAUGGAAAAGGAGACCCGCUUAACCAUCUAUUCCUAUUCCAGCAGAAGAUGGCCUUGGAAGCCAAUAAUGAAGCCAUACAAUGCAAAGUCUUCUCCAUAACUUUUUCUGGGCCAGCCCUGCUAUGGUUCAGCCAGUUGAAAUCUGGUUCUGUCAACAAUUUUGGUGAUCUUUGCAGAGCCUUCCUCCAACAGUAUAAUGCUAACCGUGAAGCACCAAGAACGAUGGAAGAUCUCUACCGAAUCGAGCAAGGCGAAAAUGAACACCCAAAGUCAUACCUACAAUGUUUCAUCGACUUUGUACAUCAGAUCCACGAUGUCGAGCUAGUCACCGCGGCAAACCUCUUCGUCAAAAUCCUACAGGUGGGGUCUCUCUUACACGAAAAUCUCACCUUGACACCGCCGUACGACAUGGCAGAAAUCCAGACUCACGCUGAAGGCGUCUUUAGGGUUCUGGAAUUCCGGGAACAUGCGCAGAAGAAGUCAGCCCUUAUUUCUACGCCACCAGCAAAUAACCCUCCUUCGCCAUCUGCAAGGGACGACAAAAGGAAAAGACGGAGACAGAUUACAUGA